CAUAUUCUCUAAGGAAUAUCAAUUAUGACGGCCAGGAUAGCAUAUUGCACGGAUAUGGAGAAGUCCGUACUUACUAAUAACUUUGAAAAACGAGGUUGGAUCCAAGUUAGCCCUGAUGAUGAGUGGAAUUUUUACUGGGCCGGUGCUCAGACCUGCCGCUCCCUCUUCAGCGUUGACAGCGGCUACCGCAUGAACGACAACCAGAUGAUUAAUCACUUCCCGACCCACUACGAGCUAACAAGGAAGGACCUCUUGGUGAAGAAUAUUAAGCGUUACCGCCGAGAGCUGGAGAGGGAAGGCUCCCAGCUGGCCGCUAGGGACGCUACAGGACGCUACGUUCACCUGGACUUCCUGCCGACGACCUUCAUGCUCCCAGCUGACUACAAUCUCUUCGUGGAGGAGUUCCGGCGUAACCCAAAUACCACUUGGAUCCUGAAGCCGGCCGGCCGCUCCCAGGGCGUUGGCAUCUUCUUGGUAAACAAGUUGGCUCAAAUUAAGAAGUGGUCGCGGGACACCAAAAGUUCCUUUAACCCAGCACUCGUCAAGGACACCUACGUCAUCUCCCGCUACAUUGACAACCCUCUACUAAUUGGUGGAAAGAAAUUUGAUUUGAGAAUGUAUGUGAUGGUGACGUCGUACCGGCCGCUGAAGGCGUACAUGUACAAGCAGGGGUUCUGCAGGUUCUGUACCGUACGCUACGACACUUCGGGUCAGGAGCUGGACAACAUGUUCGUCCACCUCACCAACGUCUCCAUACAGAAGCACGGGGAGGAGUAUAACAGCGUACAUGGAGGCAAGUGGCCAGUGAGGACCCUCCGUCUCUACCUGGAGGGUACCAGAGGCAAGGCGCGCACCGAUAAGCUCUUCUCCGAUAUAAUUUGGCUUGUGGUUCACUCCUUGAGAGCCGUGGCGCCCAUCAUGGCUUCGGACAGACACUGCUUCGAGUGCUACGGAUACGACAUCAUCAUCGACGAUCAACUCAAGCCCUGGAUGAUCGAGGUGAACGCGUCCCCGUCCAUGACGUCGACGACAGCCAACGACAGGAUCCUGAAAUACAAGUUGGUGGACGACAUCAUCAACAUUGUCCUGCCUCCUGACGGCGUGCCCAAUGUGCACUGGAACAAGGUGCCGGCCCCAGAGAAGUACGGGGACUUCGAGCUGCUCCUGGAUGAGGAACUCUACCAGAACAUCGACCACUCCAGCGGCCAGCGCGGCAAGCACCCUGAUAGGCACUCGGCGCCCAGAUGGAAAUAGCAUGCGGUGAAGAAGUGUGUGAGGCCAACCUCCACACUUCCUCGUAUCCAGACGGACAACUCUUCGCAGCCUGGGGGCAGCGGGUUGAAGCAGUCGACAACAACCAAGACAGCCGACCACGCAGUCCUCUCGCAGAUGGAGGUCGCAUACGGCGAAGAGGUCGCCCAAAGCAACACCAACAAACAUACUACUCUAAAUUGGAAGUAGACAGUAGGCCAAGGGGGAAAUAAGCAAAAUUACGCUCAUUUACAGUGAAAACAGUAUUUAUGACUUGCUAGGGUCAGUCGGAAGGCAUAAGGGCUGGGAAUAGAUAUGACAUACAAUAUAUAAAUUGACCCUAAACAUAUAUCUGCAACGUGUUAAGAUAGCUUGUAUCGAAGAAGUAUUUCCAGCGACUCUACUCAACGAUGACGUUCUGUACUGGACUCACUGUAGUUUAGCUCAUGUACACACUACACGCAGCCAAUUGUUGCGGAAGCCUUCUCACCAACACUUAAUACUGGCUCAAUAUAUACGAUUUUGAAUUAUUCGUAGCGUCCAGACACAAAGCUUCAUGACACACAGGCAACAAUAGGUUCUGGGGCAGCGGAGAGCUCUGAACCCCCAC